AUAAUGUUGAUUUAUAUGAAAUUGAAAAUAAUAAUAGCAAUAAUAUUUUAAAUAGUUUGUUAACUAUCUUUGUAGAAAAUCUUGAUGAUAAUAUUUGCCAACAAGUUAAUGAUUUAGAACAUCCUGCAGAAGAUAACUCAGCUAAAUGGAAUUUAUAUAAUUUAUUUGUUUCAGACUUAGAAAUUCUGGAUUAUUUUAAUAUGCUUUAA